GUUACAUUCUAUCACCAACUGUCUCAGGGGUGUUCAGAUCACUUUAUCUUACCACAGAGGACGCUCUGAAGAAAUACAACGGUCAAGUCUUGAAAGAAGAGUUGGAGUAUAAGAGGCAAGCUUUAGAAGAGUUGAUAAAAUUGUCUCUCCGAUCACAAUGCAGCUUUAUGGAGUCCUGGUCCUGAUGGUGACUAUGUCUGCAGCAUGUGGAUUGAGAUGUUACACAUGUGCAGACACCAAUAUUAAAGCCUGCACAGAUAUCCUCGAUUGUCCUGCUGGCAAUGAGCGUUGUUCAUCCGUCGAGGUGGACGGUGUCAUCACCAAGGCCUGCCUUAACAGUGGUGCAUGUGUAGGCCCUGCAAAAUGCUGUGACACUGACUUGUGUAAUGGCGCCAUACCCGCUGGUUCCAGUGUCCUCCUCCUGCUGGUGUCCUCAGCCAUCACCUCAGUCUUUCUCUGAAGCUCUGGAGACAUUUUACUUUGUUCUUACACAAUCCGUACAGAGAAGACACAUUUUUAAUAUGUAAAAGUUUUAUAUAAGUCCAUAUCCAGAAUUGUUCAAUAAAACCAGAAUGGGCCUUUGAGUCGCCUAAUUCUUUAGGUUCUGCAUUCAGUGGUUUACAAAAGAAAAGCAGUCAAAUGGGAUAUUAAUCCAAAGUUUGUUAGGUUUGAUCGCAGGAACUUAGAUGGAUGCUUGCACAGAUGUAUUCGUUGAUGGUGAUGAAUGUAAAACGGAGCACAUUUUUGUUGCCAUGUUCUUCAGCUCACUGUAAGGAUGACAUAGUUAUACUUAGGGUGACAACAACCCUUGGCAACCCUCAGGGUAACUUUUGCAAAUUCAGUAUGUCAGUAUUCACUGGACGUCAG